AUGUCACAACCCCAACACCUCGAGCCAUUACCGCUUCCCCCAGGCGUGAGCGAGGACUACAUUGAUUGUACAUCUUCCUGUGGUCUCAACUUCCACAUCCUCAAAGCUGGAGAUCCCCACCACCCUCUUGUCCUCUUCUGCCACGGCUUCCCCGAGCUCGCCUUCUCAUGGCGAAAGGUCCUGUCUGCGGUGGCAAAGGCCGGAUACUACUGUGUCGCCAUGGACCAACGAGGCUACGGCAGAACCACCGGCGGGGAAAAAGACCAGCCCGACGAGGAAAUCGAUCUGACACAAUAUACCAUGACCAACCUCGUUCGUGACCUCGUCUGUCUGGUGUACAAGUUAGGAUACACAGAAACGGCCUGCAUUAUCGGCCACGAUUUCGGUGCUGUAUCUUCCGCCAUGGCAGCAUUAAUCCGCCCGGACAUCUUCAAAGCAACAAUCCAAAUGAGCCACCCCUACCAUCCCCCUCCCAGCCCUCAAUUGGGAAACGAGCCCCCCAACCCGCCAUAUGACAUUCAAGCCGAACUCGCCAAACUCUCUCCACCUCGCAAACAUUACAAAUGGUACAAUUCCAGCCCCGACGCAGCAUCCCAUUGGAACCACCCCCCACAAGGUCUCUCCCAAUACCUCCGAGGCUAUUUCCAUCUCAAAUCCGCAAAUUGGGCCCCCAAUCACAAUUUACACCCCUUACCCGAAUGGAGCGCCAAGUCCCUCGCUCUCAUGCCCGAAUACUACAUCAUGCAACUCCACGACACCUUUCCCUCGUGCAUCGCCAACAACAUGCGUGGCGAAGAUUUCACCACAACAGAAUCCUGGCUCUCGCAAGAAGAUCUCGCCGUUUAUGUCGGCGAAUGGAAUCGCACGGGGUUUCAACGUGCGUUGCUGUGGUAUCGUGCUCAAACGGCUUCGACGGAGAUUUCCAAGAAGGAUUUGUUGUUGUAUGCCGGUGCGCGAAUUGAAGUACCGUGUGCGUUUAUUAGUGGGAAGCAGGAUUGGGGGAAUUGGCAACAACCGGGUGCGUGGGAAGGGUAUGAGGAUGAGAAGCGUGUGCGACGGGGUUGUUAUCGGGGUACGACGUGGAUUGAUGGAGCGGGACAUUGGGUGCAGCAGGAGCAGGAUGGGGAAGUGGUGAGGGCGGUGGUGAAGUUUUUGGAGAUGUUGAAGUGA